AUGUCUUCUCCUCUUACCGAGGAGACUGGCUCUACGGAAACUGAAAGGGAAAUUUCAGGAUAUAGGCCCCAGGUACAAAUCUUGAAUGUGGAAACAGAAGAGGAACGGUUUCCCAGGUGGGUACCUAUGCUUACGCAGCCUGAAUUCAUUGUGACUGAUCAUUUUCGAGCUGUAGAGAUGUUACUGGGCCAACUGUGUCUGCUUGGAGGUGCGGCUCUCUCACAACGUCGAAAUUUGCUUUUUACAGCUCAUGUCGACAAUAUUUACGUAUGGAUUCCCAGUGGACCUCGCCAGCUCCUUGGCUCCCGACCCGAGAUGGUUAUCCACCCAGUAAUGAAGGAACCCAAUGCACCUGGAUAUAUCGAUCGUUCCAGGCCUCAUACGAUCAAUCAUAUCAUUGUGGAUGAUUUGGGAGUUGAUGAGGUUUUGCUGUUAGCAACAGACUCUGGAAAUGUCACUGGCUACAAUGUCGAGGCUAUCUUCUCGGCAAUCAAUAGGUGCGCCAAAUAUGGAGGCGAUCGACCAUUUGAUACACACGAAGUCAAACCUUUCUUUGUUGAACAUGUUCAUUUAAGUGCCUGGGGCUUGGCCACUCACAAAUUUGCUCGGUUGAUUGCUGUGAGCGCGAACACGGGUGUUAUCACGGUCUUUGCUUUCGCAUUGGUGGAUGAUGGUUCUGAGAGUGAUGAUAGCAGUCCCGGUUUCUCUGAGACUUCGAUCAUGGGAGACUCUGAUGUAUUGGAAAACACAUGGGUAUCAAUAGACAGUGCAACAUCGAUGGAGGAGCUGAAAACCGACAUGCCCCAUCAUCGAACACGCAACCUGCGGCUCAGCUAUAGGGGGCAUUUCGACAACAUUCCAUGUGUAUCAUUUGCCAACUUUGAAUUGGACCCCAACGGUCUAUGGAUGGUCAGCACCGAUAUCGUCAACCGAGUCUUUGUAUGGAGAGUCUGGGACUGUUUGACUCCUGUCAAAACAUCCAAUUAUGAUCAUUCAAGGGAUGUUCGAGAGCAAAGAGGAUGGUUCGUCUUGCCUUUACAUCCUCGCAGAGUUCAGCAACACCGCUAUAAGUAUGAUGCCUGUGGGUGUGAACCCCGGCCAAAAAUUAUGAAUGGCCGAAUGGUUUUUGACGUCUCGGAUACGGUUGAUGAUGUCGUAGCCAGAUCCACCCUCGCUGCUCAGAAAGUCGAUGAUGAGGAGCAUGCAACAGUUUCGAGCUUGCUUUUACCAGACGAUGUCUUGUCCUCUGAUUGUUCUGUUCAUACCCAAUCUGGACCGCACCCAUCAAGUUCAGGGCAUGGUGAUACAACUCCAGAAGCCUCUGAAACCCUCUCUCCCGCCACUACCAGUGACGGCAUCGAUAUAAGCUCCUCCGAAGUACCACAAGACCAUGAGAUGGCUCCACCCCGUCAAUCGAUCCGUGCGAGACGUGGUAUUACUAAUUUGAUUGAAGAAGAAAAUGAGCAAAACGGCGCGGAUUGUGUUGUCGAUGUGGAUGCUCUGAGGUGCUUUGUUUCCCAUCCGUGCAACCCUCGAUUCUUCCCGAUCCUCCACUUCUCUGGGAAUGACAUCACGUUAGAUCCUUAUCCAUUGGACCAUGGAUCACGGACGCUCUCUCGGUCUCCUCUUCAAUCACUGGUAGAUGAUUCUAUGUUCUCGUCCUGUGAUCGCUUGAAUUUGAUCAAAUACCUCCCUGAACUUGGGAUCGUUAUUGUCGCCUCCCAGGCCGGUGGAGUUGCCAUCAUCACUCUUACAUGGCAGGAAGAGAUCGGCCACACCUUUCGCCUCGACUGGCUUCUCCCUUUCCCCACACAGGAGAGGGAAGACGAAUGUCCAAGACCACCUCUUAUGGGUAUUGCUGCAAGCCCCAUGCCUGGAUUUGAGAUACCGCCGGAUGUCCCCUGUAUCCCUCGAGAUGUCAACCCCAGCGAUCGCAUUAGAUUCAACCACCGUCUACUCAACCCCGAUAAAACUGAGCCCUGUGUCGCAAACCCGCCCGAAUGCGGGGCCUCUAGUCCCUGUGAACCGAACAUUUGUACCGAAGAGCCGGACCUCACAAUUCCUGAAACCCACGCCUAUGCUUCGGAUACCUAUCAACCUCAUGAAAGCUGGCAUGGUUAUCACCCUUCACGGCAUUACAGAUUGCUUUUGCUUUACUGUGAUUCUACAGUCAUGAGCUAUGAGUUCUGGCAUGACUGGAGAAGCUGA